CCUGCAGCGAGAAGACUGCUACUGUCCUGGACUGUCCAGCCUUGCACUACAAGUGCAUUGCAGAGUACUCGAUGUCCUUGUAUAUAUUUUUCUUCCUUUGGGGUUAGGCUGUGGUAAUGUGCCCGCACCAUAAAGAUGCAUGACGCGUUGUUUGAAGAGGAGUCAAGUUUAGGCGUGUCGACAGCGUUGGCAAGAUAACUGCACGGGCUUUAAACUUCACACCAGCACUAUUUCUUUUUUUGUUUUCACUUUCCUUAAAGUCAUGUCGCACUGACGAGCCCCUGUGAGUUUCGAUAGCUGAACGCAUGUGAAGCGAGCGGGUCGGAUUCAGACAUGGAGGGACCCGAGGAAGAGACCAAACACACGGAGGGCUGUUUUGACAGGACGUCCUCGGCUCUAACCGUGGAUGAUGUUUACGAAAUAGCCAAACUGAUCGGCACCGAGGUGGAGAAACUCAUCGAUGGCUGUGGCAAAGACAGCGUCGUGGGUCUGGUGCCGAAAAUAGUGAAAGUGUUGGAGCUGCUGGAGAGCUUCGCGUCGAGGAACCACGCUCACAAGCUGAAGGAAGAGGAGCUGCUCAGGACCUUCGAGACGAUACAGCUGCAACAGCAGAAGAAACGAGCGGGGAAAGACAGCGAGGAGGGCAACGACAAAAAUGAAAUACGGAAGCUGCAGCAGAAAGAGGAGCAGUGGAGAAAGAGGUGUGAGGAGCUGCAGGUCCGGGUACAGCAGCUCCAGGAGGACAGAGAGGAGCUUCAGAGCAGGCUGAAGGGCAGCCAUGCACAGGAAGACCGCGUCCAGCGGCAGGAGCGGGAGGUGAUGCUGAAGCUGAAGGAGGUGGUGGACAGGCAGAGAGAUGAGCUGAGGGCCAAAGUCCAGGAGAUCACCACCAUCUCCAAAGAGGUGGAGGCGCUCCAGGAGCAGUUGGACCGCUUCAUGAAGAUGAAUGCGGAGUUGCGACACAAGCAGGAUGUGCUGCAGGCCCAGCUGAAGAGCACCGUGGAGAGGAAAGCUGACAUGGAGGCCGACCUGAAGGAGAAAAGCAAAGAGAUAGAAAACCUCCAAGCACAGCUGGACAGAACCAACAGCAACAACCCUGCCAGUCCGAGUCAAACUGCUCGUGAGUCAAAAAAAAAGUCGGCGGUUGACCAGAAGGAUCCCGAUCAGCCGUGCUUCACCAAGAAGGAGGUGCGUGACAUCAUUUUCGAAAGGAAUGAGCUCAAAACCAACCUGUUCCUGGUACAGGAGGAGCUCAGCUACUAUCAGAGGGAGAUCCUGAAUGAGGAGAGGUGCCCAGGUUUCCUGUUAGAAGCCGUCCGCUCUGCAAUCAAAAAAAAGAGAAAGCUCAUUAAAGCAAAGAUGCUCGGGAUUCCUGUGAAUGAAUGCAGCAGCAGUGAUGAGGAGGAGAGAAGUUCUCUGUUCGGGCAGACAGAAGUAGAUGGAACAGAAGUUGACGGCGCUGAAAAGCCAACUGAGUCACGCAUUCGAAACCUCUUUGGCUUCCUGGCGCGGUCGGGCAGCGGUCGGAGUCCUACCCACAUGAGCAGCUCCGCCUCCAGUUGGGAGAUCAUCGGAGACUCGGAGGCCACUGAUGAGACGGAUCAGCGAGUGUCCUCCUGAGCCCCGUACAAUCCACAGAGAUUGUCUCCAUUUGAUCUGAAACUGAUACCGACUUCUUCCUCAGUCUGGUGGUGGCUGGGGAAAAAGAUUACGAGGACAUUUGAAUGCAGCCCCAGUGUGUAUAACACAAAAGCACUAUGUGAGUGUGAGGAAAGUGUGAACAUGUUUAAACAAACUCAACUUUCUUUUUUUGUUUUAUUUCCUUUCCCCUUUUUUUAAUUUCACACUUUCCCAAAGUCCCCUUAUUUUUCCAUAGUACAUAUAGUAUACUAGUACUACAGUACAUAUGGUACAGUGUACCACAGUAUUAAGAGGGAUACGCACCACAAAAAAGAUACUUCCUUUUGUAUGAUUCAAGUGUUAAUACAACAAUCAUGUUAUUCUUCAUCGUAAGGAAAGUUAGUAAGUUUUAUAUAUAACUAUUAAUAUAAUCUCAAACCUUUUUUAACAAAAACCAAAGACAUUACAAAGAUUUAUUUUCUCUGUCCUCAAGUCAUAUGUAAAACAGUACAUUUAGUUCACCUCAGUUCCACUAGGGGGCGUUGGUUCAUUUUAUAACUGAUAAUCAAAGAUUUUACCCCAAAUUUAUGAAACUUUUACCUCAGCAGGGGAGUUUUUAAGCCAUGUGUUUUCUCAUGUGUACUUCAUCAUCUGAAGCACUUUUAUGGUGAAGGACAAAAACAAAAUCAUACAGUCAUAUUACCAGUCUCUUCCAGUAGUGAGUGCAUUUUAACCCCUUAAGCCUUAACUUACAGCUUGUACUGGUAAAAAAAAAGUUAUUUUCUUAAAUUGCAGUCAUUGCACAGAGCCAAAGCCUUUGGCUGGUGUUUAUUUGAUGGUGGUGCCAUAAACGUGCAUGAGUAUAUGUUUGUGUAAGCAUACGUGUUCUGUUCAGAUUGGUUAAUUUACUUUAAAAGGAAGAUUUGAGCUUCCUUGUGGAAAUGAGAAUUGCAUGUUAUUUUUUUUUGUGCCGAACACCAUUAGCUGACGAGUUACGAUAAAGUCUGUCUGACCCCUCUGUUCCCUCUAAAUGUCUGAACACAGCACUGCGCAGACAAUGACAGACCAGUGGAGUUGGAUUUGUGUAUUUGCCGAGACACAACGUAUAACCUUCCAAUCAGAUCAUGUUCUCCUGAAAUACUGUGCUCACAAUUUAUUUUUGUAAGUGUGUUUUUGAUGGAAAGUUUUUGCUGCGUAAAACAGAUUUAAAGAUGUCAAAUGCCAUGUGAGUGAAUUUUAUUGAUGAAAUGUGAUAAAAAAACAAUAUAAAAUGUGAUUUUCUGUGACAUUGAGAUUUCAAGAUUCAAUAAAAUCCAUUAAACACA